GAGGGUGGGGAGGAGCCUAAGGACCCGGAGUUGCCUGGCGGCCCCAAGCUCUGUUACACUCCAGCAUGGCUUCGGCCUCAUCUGGCUGCGGGGCCGGGCUGUUGCGUUUUCUGCGGCUGGUCGGGCAGCUCAAGAGAGUCCCACGAACUGGCUGGGUGUACAGAAAUGUGGAAAAGCCAGAAAGCGUGUCAGAUCACAUGUACCGAAUGGCAGUUAUGGCCCUGGUGACCCGAGAUGACCGUCUUAACAAGGACAGAUGUAUACGCCUAGCCCUGGUUCAUGACCUGGCAGAAUGCAUCGUUGGGGACAUAGCACCAGCAGAUAACAUCCCCAAAGAAGAAAAACAUAGACGAGAAGAGGAGGCUAUGAAACAGAUAACCCAGCUGCUGCCGGAGGACCUCAGGAAGGAGCUGUAUGAACUCUGGGAGGAGUACGAGACCCAAUCCAGUGAAGAGGCCAGAUUCGUGAAGCAGCUGGACCAGUGUGAAAUGAUCCUUCAGGCGUCGGAAUAUGAAGACAUGGAGAAUAAACCUGGGCGGCUCCAGGACUUCUUUGAUUCCACAGCAGGAAAAUUCAGUCACCCGGAGAUAGUCCACCUUGUUUCUCAGCUGGAGGCAGAGAGAAAUGCCAGCAUGGCCAGGGCCGCUGCAGAGCCAGGCUCCUGAGCUCACCUGGCUGCUUUGUGGUGCGGCUU